AUGCAUUUCAUUCGGAAUACCUUGGGACCGGGCUUCUUGCUUUCCACUGUGAAUGCGUCACUCCAAAUCAUUCCUGGAGGUACUUGGACUGCUACAAAUACCGGGAAACAUAUCCAAGCUCACGGUGGCGGCAUACUCAAAGUUGGAAGCACAUAUUACUGGGUGGGCGAGGACAAAACCGACGGUUCGAGUUUCCAGAACGUCAAUUGCUACUCUUCCUCGAAUCUUGUCGAAUGGAAGUACGAGGGUGCGAUCCUCUCUCGACAGGGUUCUGGCGAUCUCGGUCCUAGUCGCAUCGUCGAACGCCCGAAGAUCAUCUUCAACAAAGCGACGAAUCAGUACGUCGCAUGGAUGCAUAUAGAUAGCUCGGACUAUGGGGAUGCGAAAGUGGGCGUUGCUACCGGAAGCUCGCCUUGUGGGACGUACACCUACAAGGGCAGUUUCAGACCUUUGAACUUCGAGAGUAGAGAUAUGGGCGUAUAUGUGGAUGACGACGGCAAAGGUUAUUUGCUCACAGAGGAUCGCAAGAACGGUCUUCGCAUCGACCUCCUAUCCGACGAUUACUUGACUGUCAAAUCUUCGACGUAUGUCUGGAAAGAGAAGAUCGAGUCCCCCGCAGUGAUAAAGAAGAACGGCGUAUACUUCAUGUUCGGUUCGAAGUUGACCGGUUGGGAUCCAAACGACAACGUCUACAGCACUGCCACGUCACUGUCGGGGCCAUGGUCGGCGUGGAAAACUUUCGCAGACUCUGGAUCUAACACAUACGCAAGUCAGACAACGUUCAUUCUUCCUGUUGGUAACAACUUUAUGUACAUGGGCGAUCGAUGGGUCAAGGAUAAUCUGAUGCGAAGCACCUACAUCUGGCUGCCACUUACCAUCUCUGGAACAUCGGCAAGCAUGAAGAAUGCAGUCAACUGGGUUCCCGAUGUGAACUCGGGUUCUCUGAGUGCGGGGCCUUCCGAGAAUUCGUAUGAGGGCGAGUCAGCACAGCUGAGUGGUGGCGCAAAGACAGUAUCAUGCUCAGGUUGCUCUGGUAAGAACUCUGCCGGCUACGUUGGAGGCUCUGACAAUGGCGCUGUUUACUUCGGCUCGGUGAGCAGCUCCGCUUCCACCAGGACAACGAUCCGUAUCAAGCACCUUAACGGCGAUAAGAGUCAGAGAUUCGCUGAUUUCACUAACAGUAAAGCUAUCGUGGAUUCGACUUCGGUGACAUUGUUUGUCUUUGCCCCCCCGAGUCCGAAUAAUCCUGCCCACCAGGCCACCAUGCCCCGGCGUAAGCUUGACAAACCUGUCAUAUCCCCCGAUCUUGCUGCCUCGAAAUCCCACAGUGGAUUUCUUUCUCUGCCAGGAGAGCUGAGAAUUGCGAUCUAUGCCUGGGCACUCUUCCCGCUUGUUGAUACCAUCACGAUCAGGGGUGUAUCGCGUCCACAACAUCUCUCCAAGACAAUCCUUAAACCGGCGAUUUUCCGGCUCAACCGUCAAAUCAGGGAGGAGAGCUUGCAUUACCUGUGUUCGAACAAGGCGUUCAAACUUCUGCUUUUGCAGCCAGCCAUUGUGUUCUUGGAAGUAAUCGGGCUGACUGGUCGGAGAGCACUUGAGGUUCUCGAAAUUCUCCUCGCUCCAUCCGACCUGUUAGAGACAAACAAAAUCGAAGUGCUUACGACGUUCUUAAGAGAUACUAGGAAGCUCAGAGAAGUUCGAAUAAUCAAUUACACUCAUUCUGACUCUAGACCUCAUCUCGAGGUCUUCAAAUCGAAGCUGGAGACGGCAGUAAGAAGCACUGGAAAGGGUAGCGACUGCGAACUCUACUUUUGGGAAGGUAUCUAG